AUGGGCUCAUUGUGGAGAGGGAUGUGAUUGUGUGCGGUGUGCGUGGACCCCCUUAACUAGCUGGUCAGCACUAGGAGGGAUUAGCUACUAGCCUCGCUCUCAGACGGGCAUUGCUAAGCCUGAAUCAUGCACAUCGUCAUUAUUCCCCACUGGGAGUGGAGCCGUAGUUGUGCAAGAUGCGGAUAGCGGGGACGCGUUUCGUUCUGUCCGCAGGUCGUCCAAGAAGUUUCCCGAGUUCCGACCUCUUCACGAGGUCUCCCGCAGGACGCACAGUCGGGUGUGCGGCUCUCGUCACAUGUGCUUCACGUUAAACUGCCCCGACCCCGAAAAGACACCGACGGAAAAACGAAACACACAACUUAACACUGAACCCGUGAGACGAUUUGUGGAGUGAAAACGGAAACUUUUACGCAUUGAGAGGUCCACCAGGGAGGACUGCAACGAUGGGGAACGCAGGGAGUAUGGAUCACCACAACGACUUCAGGGGUCACCAUAUGCCCUCGAAGCUCCCCAUGCCUGAACAAAGUGAACUGGAGGAGAGAUUUGCAAUCGUGCUGAACUCCAUGAACCUUCCUCCAGACAAGGCUCGGUUACUACGGCAAUACGACAACGAGAAGAAGUGGGAACUGAUCUGCGACCAGGAACGGUUCCAAGUCAAAAACCCUCCUCACACAUACAUCCAGAAGCUCCGGAGUUAUCUGGACCCGGCUGUGACCCGGAAGAAAUUCAGACGAAGGGUCCAGGAGUCCACCCAAGUCCUCAGAGAACUGGAAAUUUCAUUACGGACCAAUCACAUAGGGUGGGUCAGAGAGUUCCUGAAUGAGGAGAACAAAGGCCUGGAUGUGCUGGUGGAGUAUCUGUCCUUCGCCCAGUACGCCGUCACGUUUGAUGGCGACUGCGCGGAGAACAACUUGGAGAACUCUGUGGACAAGUCCAAGCCUUGGAGCCGGUCCAUAGAGGACUUCCACGGCGGGGGGACCCUACCCUCCAACGGCUCUGGGAUCAGCCGCGCUGGGAGGCAGUCCACGCUACGUUCGAACACGCUCCCCAGCCGGCGGACCCUGAAGAACUCGCGGCUGGUGUGCCGGAAGGACGAUGUCCACGUGUGCAUCAUGUGCCUGCGAGCCAUCAUGAACUACCAGUACGGCUUCAACAUGGUCAUGUCGCACGCACACGCUGUGAAUGAAAUUGCUCUGAGUCUCAACAAUAAGAACCCCAGGACCAAAGCUCUGGUGCUGGAGCUGCUGGCAGCCGUGUGUCUCGUCCGGGGGGGCCACGAAAUCAUCCUCUCCGCCUUCGACAACUUUCAAGAGGUGUGUGUGGAGGAGCAGCGCUUCGAGAAGCUAAUGGAGCACUUCAGGAACGAAGACAACAACAUUGACUUCAUGGUGGCGUGUAUGCAGUUCAUCAACAUCGUGGUCCACUCGGUGGAGGACAUGAACUUCCGGGUCCACCUGCAGUACGACUUCACCAAGCUGUUUCUGGACGAGUACCUCGACAAGCUAAAGCACACAGAGAGCGACAAGCUGCAGGUGCAGAUCCAGGCGUACCUGGACAACGUGUUCGACGUGGGCGCGCUGCUGGAGGACGCCGAGACCAAGAACGCCGCCCUGGAGCGGGUAGAGGAGCUGGAGGAGAACAUGUCCCACUUGUCAGAGAAGCUACAGGACACGGAGAACGAAGCAAUGUCCAAGAUCGUGGAGCUGGAGAAGCAGCUGAUGCAGCGGAACAAGGACCUGGAAGUUAUCCGGGAAGUGUACAAGGACGCCAGCUCCCAGGUGCACGCGCUGCGGCAGAUGGUGAAGGACCGGGACGCCACGCUGCAGCGCCAGGGCAACCUGGAGAAGAAGAUCCAGGAACUGGAGAAGCAGGGCACGCUCAAGGGCCACAAGAAGGGCCACGGGGACGCCUCCGUCCUGGCUCCGGGCGCCGCCGGCACCGCCCCCACCGGCGCGCUCACGCUACCGCCCGGCGUGGAGGGGGGCGGGGUACCAGGAGGCGGGGUCCUGAACUAUACGGGGGACAUGAUGUUGGCCCCGUUGCCACCUCCCCCUCCUCCUCCUCCACCACCUCCUCCGAUGAACGGCUUGUUGCCAAACGGGAGCUCGCCGGUCGACUCCCUCAUAGCACCGCCACCUCCCCCUCCUCCCCCACCUCCUCCUCCUCCCCUCCCCUCGUCGGGGGGGUCCAUACCUCCCCCGCCUCCCCCUCCACUCCCGGGAGGCGGCGGAACGCCCACCGUCAUCAUGAACUCCGGCCUCGCAGCCGUGAAGAUCAAGAAGCCCAUCAAGACAAAGUUCAGGAUGCCCGUGUUCAACUGGGUGGCGCUGAAGCCCAACCAAAUCAACGGCACCGUCUUCAACGAGAUCGACGACGAGAGAAUACUGGAGGACCUGAACGUGGACGAGUUUGAGGAGAUGUUCAAGACCAAGGCCCAGGGGCAGGCCUUGGACGUGAUCUCCAGCAAGCAGAAGGUGUCCCAGAAGGGCCCCACUAAGGUGUCCCUGCUGGACUCCAACCGGGCCAAGAACCUGGCCAUCACGCUGCGGAAGGUGGGCAAGACCCCCGAGGAGAUCAGCAAGUCCAUCCAAAUCUUCGACCUGCGCGCGCUGCCCGUGGACUACGUGGAGUGCCUGAUGCGCUUCCAGCCCACGGAGACGGAGGUGAAGAUCAUGCGGCAGUUCGAGAAGGAGCGCAAGCCGCUGGAGAGCCUGACCAACGAGGACCGCUUCAUGAUGCACUUCAGCAAGAUCGAGCGGCUCAUGCAAAAGAUGACCAUCAUGGCCUUUAUCGGGAACUUCACCGAGAGCGUGCAGAUGCUCACGCCGCAACUCCAUGCCGUCAUCGCGGCCUCCGUGUCAAUCAAAUCGUCCCAGAAGCUGAAGAAGAUCCUGGAGAUCAUCUUGGCGCUGGGAAACUACAUGAACAGUGGCAAGCGAGGAGCCGUGUACGGAUUCAAACUACAGAGUUUAGACUUGCUGCUGGACACCAAGUCGACGGACCGCAAGCAGACGCUGCUGCACUACAUCGCCAACGUGGUGCGGGAGAAGUACCAGCAGGUGUCUCUGUUCUACAACGAGAUCCACUACGUGGAGAAGGCAGCGGCAGUGUCGCUGGACAACGUGCUGCUGGACGUGCGGGAGCUGCAGCGGGGCAUGGACCUGACCAAGAGGGAGUACAGCAUGCACGGCCACAACACCAUGCUCAAGGACUUCAUCGCCCUCAACGAGGCCAAGCUGCGCAAGCUGCAGGAGGACGCCAAGAUCGCCCAGGACGCUUUUGACGAGGCGGUAAAGUUCUUCGGCGAAAACAGCAAGGCCACCCCCCCCUCGGUCUUCUUCCCCGUGUUUGUACGCUUCGUCAAGGCCUACAGGCAAGCGGACGAGGACAACGAGUUCAGGAAGAGGCAGGAGCAGAUGCUGAUGGAGAAGCUGUUGGAGCAGGAGGCCAUGAUGGAGGAGGACAAGAAGUCCCCCUCCAAGAGCAAGCAUCCACAGCGGGAGCUGAUCCAGGAGCUGCGGAAGAAGCAGGUGAAGGACAGCCGACAUGUCUACGAAGGGAAGGACGGAACCAUCGAAGACAUUAUCACAGCCCUAAAGAAGAAUAAUAUUACUAUAUUCCCCACUGUCUACUCGAGGGUAAGGAAAUCCUCUGUAGUGCUGGAUGUGACCCAAACCAGAUCUGAGGAACCAGCCAUACAGGCGAGCCGAUGGCGUGCGUCGCAGUGGCCGCCGGCGUUUCGAUGACCAGAGCCUGCGGCCAAUCAACAGCGGGGAGGUGGUCAUGUGACGAGGGACCGCAGGAAGAUGUGAUGUGGAUGGGUGAAGGGACGUGCGAUGGUUUUAGAAAGAGAGGGGGAGAAAGAGAGAGAGAGAGCGGAUGGAUGUGAGACGGAAGAUGCCGGGAGGAGGAUGCUGCUGAGUCUCCUAGCAACCAACAGAGAUAAAUAUGUAAAUAUAUACAUGAAAGAAAACGAAAAGACAAUGAAUCUCUGGCGUAGGAGUAGCCUCUGGAAUAAGAAGCACUGGGGUGUGGGGGGGGGGGGGG